GCUGCUGAUUUUCACAUUUAAUGAAAAGUUUCACCCAUUAGCUGAUAAUUCACUCAACUAAAACGUUUUUUGUCUUCUAAUUGUUAUUUCUUCUAUGUUGAGUUUUUGAAGAAUGUAACACUUGUCAUUUUGCAAAAAUUGGAUUCGGAUAUUAUUGUAAAUUUGUCCAGUUUGUGAUUAUCAACUUGGUGACUGUCAAAUUUUAAGGCCAAUAUGGUGAAACUCGCUGAAGAUGUUAUCGAGUCAUUAGAGCUAUUGAAAUAUCCUCAAGUUGAAUCUCUGCUUACCAAAGGAACACCCAAUAAUUUGUCUUUGCUUGAAUUUUCGGCAAUUGUUCACUGGCUUACUGAUGAGCUUAAUGACAUGUUACACCAUGAUUACAUUGUCAAUGAGUUGAGCUCUGAAGCUGAAUUAGAUGCAUUUAAGAUCGAAUUGAAUUCACUUCUUCGUGGACUUCAAUCUCCAUUGACUGGUUGUGAUUUAAAGGUUGACACAAAUCGACUCGCUAUUUUAAAUUGUCUAUGUGGUGAAUUGAUGGCAUCAAGAAUAUUAUUUGUUAACAAACCUGCUGACGGGAGUAUGAAGAUUGAUAUGAAUGAAAGCGAAACUGCAAAAGAUUUGAAAACGUCUAUGAUUAUUCUUGGAAUCGGUAAACCACCAGCUAAUGUCCAAUCAUCACAGUUAUUCAGCAAGAUGAAAGAGAAGAUCAAUGAAAAAUUGAAAAAAUCAACGCUCGCUUCGGAAGAGCCUUUAUUAUUGAAAGACGGUACACAAUUUGUUCCCAAGGAAUGGAAUGUUUUGAACAGGAUCAAUACAGCCUUAUUUGAAGACUAUAAUAUACGUCGUCAAACAUUAAUUACUCGGUGUGAUUGUACUAUCGGAUCAUUUAAAUGGAAGGAAGGAGAAAAAAAAGAUACUUGUCUUAGUGAGAAAAUUGAGACAGCGUAUGGGAAACUGCGAACAAUUCUGGAUCCGAAACCUAAUGUUAGCUUGGCUCAUGCUUUGGCUGCUCGUAAAAGUGGAUGUUUUGAACUCCUAAACUCUGUUGUCAGUAAAUCUCACCAAAUUUGUGAUAUUGAAACACCAAAAACUAAAGGAAUGGCCAAUGUUGGUAAACAGCAGCGGAUUUCACUUCAAAAAUUCUUGAUCGGUCAUGUUCCAGAUAGAGGAGGAAGACCACAAGAGCAACCACCUGUACCUCAAGAAACAUUUCAACAACAGCAAAAUCAGAGACAACAACCUCGCGGUGGAGGAAACCAACGAGGAGGUUAUCAACAACAUAGUCAGCAACGCAAUCAGCCUUUUGGAGAUUCAGCUGGACAACGUCAGCAAAGGAACCAAUCAUACGGUGAUGCUGGAGGUCAAUAUCAACAACGACACCAAUCUUAUGAGGACAAUAGAGGACAACAUAGUCAACGAGAUCAUUCUGAUCAGUCGUAUCACCAACAACAGCCACGCCAAUACUAUAGUGAUAAAAGUUACCACUCUUCAAAUCAACCCAGAGGCCAAUAUCAAGAUGAUUACCAACAAUCUGGUUACCAACAGCCCCACCAUAAUCAAAGCUAUGACAAUCCUCGUGGAGGUCACAGAGGUGGAGGAAGAGGUGGUAGAGGAGGGUAUCAAGAUUACGGUCGUGGAGGGGGAGGAAGAGUUCAAGGAGCAGGGUGGAACCAAGGGUAUCAAAGAUACUGAGAUUCCCGUCCCUUUAUAUACUUUAAAAGUUAUAAAUUAACAAAUAAAGUCUAAAAAAAUGAGAAAAACAGAAAAAUAUUGCAAUAUGUCAACAAACCUUUUUCACAUUGUAAUUCUUUCCCUGUUUACGAUGACACAUACCUGAAAAUAUUUAAAAGCAGAAAGAUGAAAGGAUAAGAUUCAAUUCGGAUCAGUUGAAAAAAUUCACUGAUUAUUUUACUAAAUGAGAUGACUUCAUGAAUCGAUCAACAACCAAAUUGAUAUUCUUCUGAUAAAUUUCAGAGCUUGCAUUUUCUAAGAUUCAUUAAUUCUGGAGUAUUAAAUGUUAUCCGAGCCUUCAA